CCAGAGGGCGCCCUCCUCGGCCCCUCCCAGUGGCCGAGACGGAAGGAACCGGUGGCUCUCCGGUUGCGAGGGCGCAAGGCACCCCGAGCGCGGCGCCCUUGAGCCGCACCGCGGCGCAGGUUUGCCAGCCGACUUGUCCGCCUGCCAAGAAAAGGAAGCGCUGUCCCUUCCCGCUCACCCGGGCUUCCCCACCCCGUGUACUCUCAACCCUGCAGCGGGCGAGCGGCGUGGCCACGGAGGCGCCGAGGAGGGGCGAGCCGCCGCCGGGCAGCGGCGUGCCCGCGGGCGACAGGGCGCAAGAGAGGAGGCGGCGGCGCGGCGGUGAAGGCGCAGCGCGCGAUGGCAGCUGCUUAGCCCGGCGGGCGCGGAGCAGCCCUGAGCUGUGGCUGGCCAGAAGGUGCGGCUGGGCCGGGGACACCGCCGCCGCUGCAGCCCGGCCGUCAGAGAUGAGCACGGAGGCGGGUGAAGGCAUCACUUUCUCCGUGCCACCCUUCACCUCCUCGGGCUUCUGCACUUUCCCCGAGGGUGGCAGCUGCCGGAGGGGAGGAGUGGCGACGGUGGCCGAAGGCGAGCCCAGCCAGCUACCGCCGCCGCCACCGGGCAGCUUCUGGAACGUGGAGAGCACCGCCGCCCCUGGCACCGGGUGUGCUGCUGCCACCCCUGGGAGCAGCGCCACCCGGUGCCGGGGCAACUCCAGUAGCGGGGGCGGCCGACGGACCACGGUGGCAUAUGUGAUCAACGAAGCGAGCCAGGGGCAGCUGGUGGUGGCCGAGAGUGAGGCCCUGCAGAGCCUGCGGGAGGCGUGUGAGGCGGUGGGCGCCACCCUGGAGACCCUGCAUUUCGGUAAACUGGACUUCGGGGAGACCACGGUACUGGACCGUUUUUACAAUGCAGAUAUUGCUGUGGUGGAGAUGAGUGAUGCCUUCCGGCAGCCAUCCUUGUUUUACCACCUUGGGGUUCGAGAAAGCUUCAGCAUGGCCAACAACAUCAUCCUCUACUGUGAUACUAACUCGGACUCUCUGCAGUCCCUGAAGGAAAUCAUUUGCCAGAAGAAUACUAUGUGCACUGGGAACUAUACCUUUGUCCCCUACAUGGUCACUCCGCAUAACAAGGUCUACUGCUGUGACAGCAGCUUCAUGAAGGGCUUGACUGAGCUCAUGCAACCCAACUUUGAGCUGCUUUUGGGACCUAUCUGCUUACCUCUUGUGGAUCGUUUCAUUCAGCUUUUGAAGGUGGCACAAGCAAGUUCCAGCCAGUAUUUCCGGGAAUCUAUACUCAAUGAUAUCAGGAAAGCUCGGAAUUUGUACACUGGUAAAGAAUUGGCAGCCGAAUUGGCAAGAAUUCGGCAACGAGUAGACAAUAUUGAAGUCUUGACGGCAGAUAUUGUCAUUAAUCUGUUACUUUCCUACAGAGAUAUCCAGGACUAUGAUUCCAUUGUGAAGCUGGUAGAGACUUUAGAAAAACUGCCAACCUUUGAUUUGGCCUCUCAUCACCACGUCAAGUUUCAUUAUGCAUUUGCACUGAACAGGAGAAAUCUCCCUGGAGAUAGAGCAAAAGCUCUUGACAUUAUGAUUCCCAUGGUGCAAAGUGAAGGACAAGUUGCUUCAGAUAUGUAUUGCCUAGUUGGUCGAAUCUACAAAGAUAUGUUUUUGGACUCUAAUUUCACAGACACUGAAAGUAGAGAUCAUGGAGCUUCUUGGUUCAAAAAGGCAUUUGAAUCUGAGCCAACACUACAGUCAGGAAUUAAUUACGCGGUCCUUCUCCUAGCAGCUGGGCACCAGUUUGAAUCUUCCUUUGAGCUUCGGAAAGUUGGUAAUUACAGCUUGAUAUUUUACGUGGAAAUCAAGAAACUAGGCCUAAACUUGGUACAAGGAAACAGAAUCAUGAACAGUGUCCCAUCUGCUGACCUGUUUUUGGAAUCUGAAAAAGGGUGUUUUGCUGGGUACCUCAAGUCUAUUGUAGAGACCAUUUUGAUAUAUAAACAUUUUGUGAAGCUGACCACGGAACAGCCUGUAGCCAAGCAGGAACUUGUAGACUUCUGGAUGGAUUUCCUGGUUGAAGCCACAAAAACAGAUGUUACUGUAGUUAGGUUUCCAGUAUUAAUAUUAGAACCAACCAAAAUCUAUCAGCCUUCGUACUUAUCUAUCAACAAUGAAGUGGAGCAAAAGACAAUAUCUAUUUGGCACGUGCUUCCUGAUGACAAGAAAGGUAUACAUGAGUGGAAUUUUAGUGCAUCCUCUGUCAGAGGAGUGAGUAUUUCUAAAUUUGAAGAACGAUGCUGUUUUCUUUAUGUGCUUCACAAUUCUGACGAUUUCCAAAUCUAUUUCUGUACAGAACUUCAUUGUAAAAAGUUUUUUGAAAUGGUGAACACCAUUACCGAAGAGAAGGGGAGAGGCGCAGAGGAAGGAGACUGUGAAAGUGACUCGCUGGAGGUAAUGACUUUGCCCAUUGCCAUUUUCGUGUCUUUCAGAUACUCUCAGCCCCUGCAUGAAGAAAUAGCCUUGCAUAAGCAUUUGAAGCACAAAAAUAUUGUCCAGUAUCUGGGCUCUUUCAGUGAGAAUGGCUUUAUUAAAAUCUUCAUGGAGCAGGUCCCAGGAGGAAGUCUUUCUGCUCUCCUUCGUUCCAAAUGGGGCCCAUUAAAAGACAAUGAGCAAACAAUUGGCUUUUAUACAAAGCAAAUAUUGGAAGGAUUAAAAUACCUCCACGACAAUCAGAUAGUUCACCGGGAUAUAAAGGGUGACAAUGUAUUGAUUAAUACCUAUAGUGGUGUUCUCAAGAUCUCUGACUUUGGGACAUCAAAGAGGCUUGCUGGCAUAAACCCAUGCACUGAAACUUUUACUGGUACCCUUCAGUACAUGGCACCAGAAAUAAUUGACAAAGGACCACGAGGCUAUGGAAAAGCAGCAGACAUUUGGUCUUUGGGCUGCACAAUCAUUGAAAUGGCUACAGGAAAACCACCGUUUUAUGAACUAGGAGAGCCACAAGCAGCCAUGUUCAAGGUUGGGAUGUUUAAAGUCCACCCUGAGAUCCCAGAGUCCAUGUCUGCAGAGGCUAAAGCAUUCAUAUUGAAAUGUUUUGAACCAGACCCAGACAAGAGAGCCUGUGCUAAUGACUUGCUUGUUGAUGAGUUCUUAAAAGUUUCCAGCAAAAAGAAAAAGUCACAAUCCAAGUUUUCAGUGCUUUCCGCUGGAUCAAAUGAAUAUCUCAGGAGUAUAUCCUUGCCAGUGCCUGUCCUGGUAGAAGACACCAGCAGCAGCAGUGAGUACGGCUCUGUGUCCCCUGAUACAGAGCUGAAGGUGGACCCCUUCUCUUUCAAAACCAGAGCCAAGUCCUGUGGAGAAAAAGAUGUGAAGGGAAUACGGACACUCUUUUUGGGCAUUCCAGAUGAAAAUUUUGAGGAUCACAGUGCCCCGCCUUCCCCUGAAGAAAAAGAUUCUGGGUUCUUUAUGCUGAGGAAGGACAGUGAAAGGCGGGCCACCCUUCAUAGGAUCCUGACAGAAGACCAGGACAAAGUUGUGAGGAACUUAAUGGAAUCUUUAGCUCAGGGGCCUGAAGAACCUAAACUAAAAUGGGAACACAUCACAACCCUCGUCACAAGCCUCAGAGAGUUUGUGAGGUCCACUGACCGAAAAAUCAUAGCCACUACGCUGUCAAAGCUGAAAUUAGAGCUGGAUUUUGACAGCCAUGGCAUCAGCCAAGUGCAGGUGGUCCUCUUUGGAUUCCAAGAUGCGGUCAAUAAGGUUCUUCGAAAUCAUAACAUCAAGCCACACUGGAUGUUCGCCUUGGACAGCAUUAUCCGCAAAGCCGUACAGACAGCGAUUACCACACUGGUUCCAGAACUGAGGCCACAUUUUAGCCUGGCAUCUGAGAGUGAUACUGCCGAUCCAGAAGACCUGGAUGUAGAAGAUGACCAUGAGGAACCACCUUCAAAUCAAACUGUCCGAAGAGCCCAGGCUGUCAUUGAAGAUGCUGUGGCUACCUCAGGGGGGAGCACACUCAGCUCCACUGUGUCCCACGCUUCCCAGAGCGCUCACCGAUCACUGAACGUGCAGCUUGGAAGGAUGAAGAUAGAAACUAACAGAUUACUGGAAGAAUUGGUUCGGAAAGAGAAAGAAUUACAAGCACUCCUUCAUCGAGCAAUUGAAGAAAAAGAUCAAGAAAUCAAACACCUGAAGCUAAAGUCCCAACCAAUAGAUAUUCCUGGGUUGGCUGUGUGUCACCUGAACUCUCCUGGCACAACCACUGAAGAUUCUGAGCUUACUGACUGGCUGAGAGAAAAUGGAGCUGAUGAGGACACUAUAAGUCGGUUUCUGGCUGAGGAUUAUACACUCGUGGAUGUCCUCUACUAUGUUACGCGCGAUGAUUUAAAAUGCCUCAGACUAAGGGGAGGUAUGCUGUGCACACUGUGGAAGGCGAUCAUCGAUUUUCGAGACAAACACACUUAACUACCAUGCAAUUUGAUCUUCGGUGGAGAAUCUGAAAAUUAAUACAGAACUGAUCUUCUUAGGGGAGGGAGAAUCGAAGGGAGAGAGAGAAGCUGCACUUUAAAUCCAGUAUUUGUUUACUUUCGUUAAAAAAAAAAAUAGACAAGACACACUAUGAAGUUUCCUAACUGCUUCUAUUUCUACAUCCUUAAGGACUCUUCAUAAGGACUCUCAAAACAAUCCUAAUUAGAAUUCUAAUAUCGAGGGUUAUUUUAGUCUAAACAUUUUUAUGGAGAUAUUUUUAACUCAGCAGCUAUUGCACUUCAGCCAAAUGUUUAUUUCACACGAAACAGAUACACAACAUUUCAUGUGAUCGUGUACCACUGGAACAAAACCAAAAUGUGACCACAACUUUUUAGGAUUGUAUGUGUUUUGUAAUAUGCCCAAGAAUUGAAGUAGAAAUGCAGAAUUUCAGUUAUUGUAUAAAGUUUAUGUUUUUUUUAGUGUGCAGAAUCUGAGAGCAAUGUUUUUUACUAUCUGUAUUAAUUGUAAUAUUGACUGUAUUUUGUAACUUAAUGUUUCUGGCCUGAAGCGCAUUUGUCUGUUUAUGUACUACUGAACAUACCAGUUGCACAUGCCUGGAUCAUAGUAAUGUUAGCUUGUUCUAAAGCUAUUCAUUGUGUUAACCCAUUGUGUUAUAUUUACUCUAAAAUUAAAAAGACUCCCAACAUACUGUUUUGAUAAA